AUGACAAAUAGUCGAGGAGAACAGAACAACGAAGAGGCUGCAGGUAUCAACAUAACCCCUUCAACACAACGUGGUCAGAACACUCCUCGGCUAACACCUUCAAUUGUCUCUCAAUCCCCCCUAUCUUCCCUUUCUCCUCCUGAAUGGGCGGCCGAUACAAGCUCUUCUGUCUGUGUUUCUUGUGGUGCCAAAUUCACUGUACUUCGUCGACGCCAUCACUGUCGAAUUUGUGGGCGUCUACUCUGCGCCACCUGUACCCCUCACCGUGCUCCCCUGCCCCCAUCCUUCUCCAAUCAUAUUCCUAUUUCGCCUUCCUCACCUGAGGAGAGUCUUCUUCGAUUGGUUGGGUCUGCAUCGUCUAGUACGAGUGGCACAAGUGGAGAUGAGAAGCUUCAUCGUGUGUGUAUUGACUGCUUUAGGAAUAUUUUUGGUGGAAGUUUGGUGCCAUCGAAUGUGGAAAGUGUGCAGCAACAACAGCAUGCCACUAUCGCUCAGACUCCCACCCCUAGUAAGUAG